AUGAAGGCCAGUGCUCCUAAGCCCAAGUGGAGCGACGUCUCAGCAAUGAGUUCGACCACGAAAAGCUAUUGGGCCCAAUGGGACAGCUUGCUGAUUCAGGAUGGAGUCCUGUGCCGUAAAUGGGAAAAUGGUCGGGGAGACAGGUGUCAUUUGCAAAUGGUUGUCCCUAAGGCUAAAGUACCGGAUGUCCUACAGCUGUACCAUAGUGGUUGUUCAGGAGGCCACCUGGGAGUUAAGCGAACUCUCCUGAAGAUCCGAGAACGGUUUUACUGGGUCCACUGUCGUGACGAUGUCGAGGACUGGUGCCGCAAAUGUACAAGUUGUGCGGCUGUAAAGGGACCUCAAAUUCGUAGUAGAGGCGCAUUGAAAUUGUACAAUGUUGGUGCACCAUGGGAGAGGAUAGCCAUUGACGUUGCGGGGCCGUUUCCAGAAACUGAAAGUGGUAACAAGUAUUUCAUGGUAGUGAUGGAUUACUUCACUAAGUAG